AUGCAGCGAUACGGAAGCAGCACUGCAGAGCAACUGCUCCGGGACGAGAUCCGCCAGGUGCAACUUCGUCUUCGCCAGCGGCAACCUCGCAACAAGCGAAAUUCGGCAGAUCCGUCCACGCUGAGAUGCUCCCUGACAUCGAGUGCUUCGGAGCCACAGUUGUCUGAGAGAGAGGACCGACUACCCAGCCCCUGGGCUGCUGCAGGAGCGAUGCGUGAGGCUACGCUGGGGCGCCGUGGCAAGGGGGACGUGCGCGAGCCGCUUCAGAAGUCUCUGGAGGCUUCUAGACUGGAGCUCGGUGCCAUGCGCGGCCCACGACAGCCCUGCCGAGCUCGCCACGGCGUAGGUGGCGUCGACGUGGGCCCGCGCGCAGGAAACCUGCGACCCGAAGACGUGUCUGGAUCUGGCUACGGUGGUGUGUCGUCAUCAUUUUAUGGCGAUGGACCACUGGAGGCUGGGACACGGCCAAGGACAACGAGGAAGUGGCAGGAUCCCCUGAUUUUGAAGUCUGCCAUACGGCUGACCAAGCUGGAGGCUGUCAGGCGCAUCUGGGCAAACAUGGUGGAUCUGGAGAACAUUGCGGAAAUGUGCUCAUCAGCUCACUCCUCAACAGGCAGGUUCACUGCAGCCCUUGUGAAGGCGGGUUCGGCAGAUUGGGCUCUGGGCAAAUUGCGGGUAGCCAACUACCCAAGAGUUCAGAAAUCAGUCUACUGGUCCGCAAUCUCCAUUCACAAAAGACUGCCGCAUCUCAAGAGCCUACCCACCGACAACCGGCACUUGCAAGCUAUGUUUGAUCUGGGACAGCAGCGCCAUCUGACAGUGGAAGACAGCCGUCGCCUAGACCUGACUCUUCUCGCAAAGCGAGCUGCGUUCCGUCUCGGCAGACCUCGAGUGGCAAAAGUGCUGGAGGGGAGGCAGAAACUGCUCCAGACCGCUAGAGAAGACUGCCGAAAAGUAUGUGAGGAUGAGAACCUGGGGAGGUGCUCUUUUGAGCCUGACUCAGCAGGUAUGGCCAGGCAUGAACUGUUGGAGAUGCGAAUUGCCGACUGCGAGAAGUUGUUGGACAUGGAGCCUUCAGAUGAUGAAAUCGCCAUAUCAAAACGAAUCCCGCUCCUAAGGGAAAUGACAGAGUAUCUGACAUCAGGCACCACUGCCGACAUGAAGGAUUGCUUGUUCAUACGGGAGGGUGAGAGAUUUCUGCUACUGGUCAAGUGCAAUGACAUGGCUGUUCUCAUGACAGAGACGACAGGACACACAAAUGGGCAUUACAACAUGGCGCGUGUUGCUCGCAUGGAAUCCUUCCUGUCCUACGGCAGAUUUCCUCGAUGGCAGGGAGAAGAUGAUGACCUCUCUGAGCGUCCAACUGUCGAGUCACGUCUGGAUAGAGAGGGCAGACCAACCGUCUCGGGCAUUAUGCAGCUGAUGACUGACAUGGUCACCCUCACAGGCUGCCACGGUUCACAUCUGAUGGACGGAUUUGGGGACUUCGUCUUUACAAGGUAUCAGGGUGUUCAUGAGCCUCUGAAAUUCGGCAAAGAAGCCUCUGAGGCAGUGAUGGAUGAACAGCUAGAGAAGAUCAGGAAGAUUGCCGCAAUGCCGGAAAGAAUUGGUCAGCUUGACAUCCUGGAACUUGUGGCUAAAAAAUAUUCCGCCCCUCUAAGCGCCCCUCUAAGCCAUUGCCAUGACUAUGAGAGACUGGCGGAAACCAAGCGGGUGGCGGCGAUUCUUCUGGAGAGGGCAGGACAGGCGAUGGAAAGGAUUCCGGAUGCUGACUACCUGAGUGAGAUCAGAGGGUGCAACAGGUUAUCAGCCUAUCUCCCGGUUGCCCAGGUAGCAUCGUUCAACAGAUCUAGAACGGUCAUGGCAAAGCAGCCGCUUGAGGGUGAGAAACUGAGCAGGGCUGUGAAGAGGGCCAAGGGUUAUGCUGUGCUAGAGCUGAUCAGAAGGGAGCUCCGAGAGAACAGUCGAUUCCCACGAGGCAGCUAUGACGGCAGCAACAAGCUCCUGAAGCAGAUGCUAGAGACAGGUCUAACAGACAUAGAUCGGCUCAGGUCCGAUCAGGCAUCGCUGGAGGAUCUUGCUGAAGUUCGGUUUGCACAGAUCUGCGUGACUGAUCUCGCGGACAACACCAGGAGGUCCCUCAUGAAAACCUCUGAAAUCAGACCGAUUCAUCUUAUUGAGACCGCCAACAAGCUCUGCUGUUUUCUUUUGCUGUCGCGACUGUAUCCCAAUUGGCCGGUCCCAACCUGUCAGUUUGGUGCCAUUCGGGGUGGUCAAGUCAUGGAUGCCAUGGCUGCGGCGCAGUGGCAGGUGAUGACGGAGAGUUUCCAGGGUGCGUCGACGCACCCUGGGAUCUGGGUUAACGCAGACAUCAAAAGUGCUUUCGACACCGUUAAUCAUGCUGCCUUAGCCAAGCUUGUGUUUGGCAACUGCCCGGAUCACCUUUGUCGUGAAGCUCUCCAGCUACUCCAGAUCGCACUUCACCCUCAGCUUGUUUUUGAGUGCCUUGGAGAGCAGUGGACGGCAGAGCAGAAGCAGGGAGUACAACAAGGCCACAGUUACAGUGCCAUUGUUUUCUCGCAUCUUAUUGGCAACAGUGUGCAUUCUCAGUUCAGCACGUGGAAAGACGCCGGUCAUCGCAGUGAUAUUGGAGAGUGGGAAUGGUUGUUUGUUGACGAUCUCAUUCUUCGUUUUCCUGAUUGGCACACUGCCGUUCACCUUUUGCCCAAGAUGCAGCAUGCUCUUUCGCUCGUGGGUCUGCGUUUCAACGUGCGCAAGACACAACUUUUCGCCGCGGAGGACAUACUCCGCCAAGGACGACUGCUCGAUUUGAGCCCUGACCACGUACUUAGUAAGAUUCCUUGGGGCUCGGACACUGUGUACCUACGCAAACCACUGAGACACCUUCAUACUGGUGAAUCCCUCUACGACCUUCUGGGCCCGGUCAUGAAGAGAGCUGUGCAUCAAGGGCUAGGCGGUAUUCGUCCUUUGCUCAAAGGAAUGAGAUGGGGUGAUCCUGACUUGACUGUACAGGUGAUUAACAAGUAUGUUGGUGCCAAGUGGUUCUGCAUGGCGCCGCUAAUGGUUCCGAUAGUUAGCCAUGUGAAAGACAUGCUUGUCUUGCAAGUCACAAUCCUCGUCACGAUCAUGCAACUCUUCAUACCUGAUUCUUGCAAGCACGAUGCGGCGCUCAGUCUCCAACGCCUGCGUCGACGAGCGGUGUCCAUAUUCUUGUCUUCCAAGGUUCAUGCAUCAUGGGCUACCAUAUGGCGACUUCGGUCUUGGGGAUAUGCAGGACAUCUCUUGCGAAAACCCCCUGAACAUGCUACACGUCGUAUCCUGUUGUCCUUCGGCAGUAAGACUCGUCUACAGCAAACAGCUUCAGCCGCCUACGUUCAGACUGACGUGGGCGAGGAGUCGCUUAUUGCUUUCGCUGCACGUCGUGAAGUGUGGAGGGCCAAGGGACAACAUGGCCGAGUCUGA